AAGAAAUUCAGAAAUUCUUCAAUACAUUUACUCUUCCGAAGAAGCUGAUAGCAGCGGCUGCGAUCAUGGCGGCAACAGAGCCUAGCCAGUGGCAGCUCCGCCGCGGGCAGUAUCUAGGAGAAAUAUCAGCACUCUGUUUCCUCCAUCUCCCCGCCAAUCUCUCUUCUCUCCCUCUCCUCCUAGCUGGGACUGGCUCUCAGAUUCUUGUGUAUGAUUUGGCGCGUGGAACGCCGCUGAAGUCGUUUGAAGUCUUCCAAGGGAUUCGUGUUCAUGGGAUCUCUUUGGAGAAUUUUCACAAACAGUUGGCGGGUUCUGCUAUUUCUUUCCGGAUCUGUAUAUAUGGGGAGAGGAGAGUCAAGAUUUUCACCUUGCGGGUUGAACCGGGCAGCAAGGAGGAGUCAUUUCUGCGUCUGGAACUGACCCUUAUUCACUCGCUGCCUAAAUUUGGCCAUUGGGUUUUGGAUGUUUGCUUCCUCAAGGAUGGUGCAACUGCAAGUGAGGAUGCAUGUUACCUUGCUAUCGGAUGCAGUGACAAUUGUGUAUACUUCUGGGAUAUCUUAAGAUACAAUAUGUAUUCUGAAGUUAAAUGUGCCGAGAGGUGUUUAUUGUACUCAAUGAGGAUGUUUGGGAAUGAUAUUGACUCUCUCCGUAUUGCAUCUGGUACUAUCUUCAAUGAGAUAGUUGUUUGGAAAGUCAUUUGUCAGAAUGGUGUCAAACAUCCUGGAAGUAAUGUGGAAGACCAUUUGCAGCUGACUGGUGAUGAGGGCUUCUUUUAUCCUGGCCCCGAUUAUAGGGAUGAUCUUAUAAGUAGGCUUGUAGGGCAUGAAGGUUCAAUUUUUCGUAUUGCGUGGUUCUCUAAUGGGACUAAACUUGUUUCUGUUUCUGAUGACCGCAGUGCUCGUAUUUGGGAGGUUCAGGCAGAGAAAGGAAUUUCAUGCAAUACUGCUCUUGAAUGGCUCAAUCAAUCUGAGGGCCCUGUUCUAUUUGGGCAUAAUGCAAGAAUUUGGGACUGCUGUAUAUUUGAAUCUUUAAUCAUCACUGCUGGUGAGGACUGUACAUGCCGUGUUUGGGACCAUCAUGGCAGAGAACUCAAUGAGAUCAAGGAGCACAUUGGUAGGGGAGUUUGGCGAUGUUUAUAUGAUCCCAGCACUUCACUUCUAGUUACUGCUGGUUUUGAUUCAGCAAUAAAGCUUCACCAGCUUCGUAUUUCUUCUGAAGGACUAGAGAAAACGGUUGCAUCAGAGGAUUUCAGUGGUAGAAAAGAAGCUUUUGCUCUUUCUAUACCUAAAUCGUCAGGGUAUGGUGGGCUCAUGGACAGCAAAAGUGAGUAUGUCCGCUGUUUGAACUUUUCACGUGAAGAUUCACUUUAUGUGGCUACCAACAAUGGUUAUCUGUACCAUGUUAAUCUAUGCAAUACUGAAGCGGCUGAGUGGACUGAACUUGCUCGUAUCAGUGAGGAAGCACCGAUCAUCUGUAUGAACUUAUUAUCAAAAUGUUCUGACCCAGAAGACAAAAAUGAAGAUUGGAUUGCUGUCGGAGACGGUAAAGGCAGAAUGACGAUUGUUUAUGUAGUUGGGACUGGUUGGAAACGAGAAGUUGAAUUUACUUUGACUUGGCCAGCUGAAGAAGAGAGACAUCUCUUAGGCACUUAUUGGUGCAAGUUGCCAGAGGCUAGGUUUAUAUUCACUGCUGAUCCUGGUGGUAGACUGAAGCUAUGGAAGCUAGGCCAUAAUUUGCACUCUGCUACUCUUAUUGAUAAAGGAAGUUAUGAUGCAUGCUUAAUUGCAGAGUAUGCUUCAUGCUUUGGGAAAAGAAUAAUGUGUCUGGAUGCUUCAUUUGAUGAAGAGUUGAUAGUGUGUGGAGAUAUUCGUGGUAAUCUGCUACUGUUUUCUUUGCCAAGAGCCCUACUCAACAGUACUUCUGCUUCUACAGAAGUGAAAUCAUCGCCAGUGAAUUAUUUCAAAGGUGCUCAUGGAGUAUCAAGUGUUAACAGUGUUUCUAUUUCUCUGUCUUCUGAUGAAGUUGAGAUACACUCGACGGGAGCAGAUGGAUGCAUAUGCUAUUUGCAGUAUGAAAGGGAUCUGCAAAGCAUGGAAUUUAUAGGGAUGAAGCAAGUGAAAGAAUUAAGUGCAAUCCGAUCUGUCUUCAACACUGACUGUUCUGAUGAUUCUGAUGCUGCCAAAUAUGCUGUUGGUUUUGCAUCAGAUAAUUUUAUAAUAUGGAACUUAACUGCAGGAACAAAGGUCCAACAAAUUACUUGUGGUGGUUGGCGGCGUCCUCAUUCAUAUUAUCUUGGUCACGUGCCUGAGAUGAUGAACUGCUUUUCUUUUGUUAAGGAUGAUGUCAUAUAUAUUCAUAGACAUUGGGUGCCAGAAAAUAAUAGGAAAAUUUACCCUCAGAAUCUUCAUUUGCAAUGUCAUGGGAGGGAGAUACAUUCAUUGUGCUUUAUCCAUGGGCAAUCAUUAUGUAGUCAAGAUGAAAACCACAGAUUGGCUGCCGAACCUAGUUGGCUAGCUACCGGUUGUGAAGAUGGAUCAGUUCGAUUGACUAGGUAUGAGCUAGGCAUGGAGAAUUGGUCAUCCUCCCAACAUCUCGGGGAACAUGUUGGUGGAUCAGCUGUACGAUCAAUAUGCUCUGUGUCAAAGAUGCAUGUAUUCAUGCCCAAUCCCUUUAAUAUCCCUAAUGAAGUUUACAGAGAAAAUGGAACUCUAGACAGUAGAGAUCCUUUUAUAUUAAUAUCAGUUGGUGCAAAAAGGGUUGUCACAGCUUGGAAACAAACAAUCACAACGGGCAAAAAUAGGGUGGAUGCUAUGUGCGGCGAUAUGGACAAGAAGGAUGAGAAUAACUCCACUGGUUCAUCAGCUGCAACGGUGUCUUCAUUGUCUUUCCAGUGGCUUUCAACGGAUAUGCCAUUGAGAUACAACAACACUAGCAUAAAAGGACAAAACACCAAGGAUGUUUCUGAAACACCUGAAGAUGAUACCGUUACAGCAGCAGAUGCUAUUCCUUGUGAAUCUUUUUCUCCAAAAUGCAGGAACACAGGACCAAACCUCUACCCAGAAGAUAAUCUUGAAAAUGACUGGAGAUACCUAGAUGUUACUGCUUUUCUUGUAAAAGAGGCUGGAUCCAGGUUUUCUGUCUGUUUUGUUAUUGUGGCUUGUUCAGAUGCUACAGUUACACUGAGGGCUCUUUUGUUGCCUUUUCGACUUUGGUUUGAUGUUGCGUCUUUGGCUCCCUUGUUAUCACCUGUGCUAGCUUUGCAGCAUGUUGUCAUUCCUAAGUUUCUGCCAUCAAAAGAAAACCCACAAACUGGAAGUCUUUACUUGGCAAUUACUGGAUCUACUGAUGGAAGUAUAGCUAUCUGGGAUCUGACCGAGUGUAUUGAAAACUUUAUGAGGCAAACAGCAGGUUUUCAGAUGGAAAACUGCAUAGAUUUCCAGAAGCGACCUCGUACAGGUAGAGGGAGUCAAGGGGGUAGAUGGUGGCGAUCCAUAGACAGUAAUAAACCAAAGAAGAGACCAGGGAAUUGCAAAUUGAGAGAAAAAGCUAACAACCGUUCAGUCUCUGAUGGAAGGAUGGAAUCUAGCAAUGAAACGGAAGAUCAUGUGCAUGGAACAUCUGAAACAUCUAUGUUUGAACAAAGUGAUGAUCAUGUCCCUUUGAAGGUUGACAAUCAGACUUCGCUUGUGUCAGGAAGGAAAGCAGAUUAUUUAUCACCACAAACAAGCGUGUUGGAGGCUAUGCAGGUCUUAGAUGCUAUCCAUCAGUCUGGGGUCAAUUGCCUUUUUGUCUCUGAGAUAAAAAACCAAAGAUUUCAUGAUUCUAUGUUCACAUUCUAUGUUGUAAGCGGCGGCGAUGAUCAGGCGAUCAAUUGUCUUAGAUGUGAUUUGGAACUAGAUCCUACGAUGAAGUCCCAAAAUAUGAAUGUGAAAAUCCAUUUCAACACUAUGGCAGUGGCUAUGAACAAUUGCAAUCACCAUUUUCGGAUCCAAAACCAUCAGAUGCAGGUUACAUAUCUGGAUAAAACCAUCUCAGCUCAUAGUUCUGCUGUCAAAGGUGUGUGGACGGACGGGAUUUGGGUUUUUUCUGUUGGUCUUGAUCAGCGAGUCAGGUGUUGGAAUCUUAAUCAUGAUAGACUCACAGAGUGUGCCCAUUUGAUCAUUAGUGUGCCCGAGCCAGAAGCAUUAGAUGUUAAAAUCUGUGGCAGAAAUCAUUAUCAGAUUGCAGUUGCUGGAAGGGGGAUGCAGAUGAUAGAAUUCCGUCCACCAAAUGCGGUGGAUAACGAAACGUAGGUUGCUUCUACGCUGGGGGACAUCUAGUACGCGGACCAUUAACCUCACUGUAAGAGAAUCUGCUCUUCUCUAAAUUAUGAAUUAGAGAUUGCUACUUGUAAUCUCUAUUGACAAUAUGUGGAAGGUUUACUGUGGUAAAAGAGUAAUAGGUGUAAAGUAACACCACCCCUACCCCUGGUCGAAUCUUGGAGUCAAAUUUAGGUUCAGAUUUGAAAAUGGCAAGGUUUGAUGUGAAGUAGCAGCGUUGCCUAUAUGCAGAUUGUAGUACGCGAUGUCUUGGUUAUAUGAAUCAGUAGGAGGAGCAUAUUUGAGAAUCAUGAUGUUCAAACAUGGCCUUCGAUUCAUUUGAAAGUAUUGCAGCUUCAGAAUCAUGUGGAGGUUGAGAGUGUACCAAGUAUUAUAUAUGUUCUAUACAGGAAUGCUUUCUUCUCUGUCUCUCUCUCUCUCAACAAUACAAUCAAAACACUUGUGUUAAGGCUGUGUUCUGAUCGGAUACGAAUGAUUCAAAAUUUUGGAUGUUAAAGGAAAGGUUGUUUUGCCAA